UAGUUUUGAGGCUGCUGGCGCGUUCUGUUUGCGAAAGAAACCACAGGCACCAGGAGCUCCAGCAACGUUUUCAGUGACAGCCUGCUAGUCAACGGUUAACGCACACCGAAAUUGAGAGCGUCGGCUGGAUGCUGUGAAUGAUGAAAUUUGAAGUUUGAAAAUGAUUCUAAAUUUUGCAGCAAGAUUUUACUAGAUAAUCCAAUAUGUAGAGUAAAUAUUUAAUUCAGCAUCUACAUCAAUAAUGGAUUCCGAAUUAAUGCACAGUAUAGUAGGAAGCUAUCUUAAACCUCCAGAAAGAGCGUUUGUCCCACCGUUCACCCAGAAUGAUGAAUUAUCUCAGAAUUACCACUCUGGGAACUUUGAAGCUGCCUCUUCUAAAAUGCUUCGUAGCCCAAAUAGCCAAGCUCUUAUUUUAGCCCUAAAAACUCUUCAGGAAAAGAUUCAUCGUUUAGAGUUAGAGAGAACACAAGCUGAAGAUAACCUCAACAUUCUUUCCAGAGAAGCAGCAGAGUAUAAAAAGGCCUUGGAAAAUGAAACUAAUGAGAGAAAUCUGGUACACCAGGAACUGAUAAAGCAGAAAAAAGAUAUAAGUAUACAAUUAAGCUCAGCUCAGUCUCGCUGUAUUCUCUUAGAGAAGCAACUAGAAUAUACAAAGAGAAUGGUGCUCAAUGUAGAACGAGAGAAGAAUAUGAUCCUAGAACAACAGGCCCAGCUUCAAAGGGAAAAAGAACAAGAUCAGAUGAAACUUCAAGCAAAACUUGAAAAGCUUGAUGUCUUAGAAAAAGAAUGUUUUAAACUUACAACAACUCAGAAAACUGCUGAGGACAAGAUUAAACAUUUAGAGGAAAAACUUAAGGAAGAAGAACAUCAGCGUAAGCUAUUUCAAGACAAAGCUUCUGAGCUUCAAACUGGACUUGAAGUCAAUAGAAUUUUAAUGUCUUCAGUAUCAAAUCCAAAACAAUCUAAGGAAAAGAAGAAAUCUUCAAAGAAAACUAAGUGUUUAAAAAGAGAACCACCUCAGCAAAUUUAUUCGAAGUUUGGAUCACUGCCUAUUGUGGCUGAGAAGUCUGCUGGUGCCCGCCAUUCUGUAAAUGCAAGUAUGCAAAACCUCCUGCGGAUGAUGCAACAUUACGCGCCACGUAUUCUUCAGAAACCUGCUGAAGUCACUGAGCCUAGCUGUCUCUGCAGGCCCACAAGGACAACUUCCCAGUGUAAAGCGGUACCUCUUGACUCAGAAAAAUCUGUUUCCAUUUGCGACAAUUUGUCUGAACUUUUGAUGGCAAUGCAAGAUGAACUGGACCAAAUGAGUAUAGAGCACCAAGAACUACUGAAUCAAAUGAAGGAAACUGAAAGCCAGUCAGUCUGUGAAGACAUAGAAUGUGAACUGGAGCAUUUAAUUAAAAAAAUGGAAAUUAAAGGAGAACAGAUUUCCAAACUGAUGAAGCAUCAAGACAGUGUUUGUAAACUUCAGCAAAAAAUUCAAAACUCAAAGAUGAAUGAAUCUUCAAGUAUUCAACGAGAAGACAGAAACCCUAAAGGAUCAAAGAACAUAAAAAAUAGCCCCAGAAAAUGUUUGCUAAAUAACUCUCUUCAGAAGAACAGCAGCUUUCAUCCAAUACAAGUCCAUAAUCUUCAAAUGAAAUUGAGGAGAGAUGAUAUCAUGUGGGAACAGUAGCACUAGCAAAACUAUCACCUUAAGUGAACUCUGUCAAUGAGAUCUUAAAUUGUCUAAAGUGGUUGUAAUUUAAUAUAACUUUAUGAAAUUUUGAAUUAUGUUUCUAGCCUCUAUAAAGUGUCAAGUUGUAGUAUUUUUUUAAUUAAUGCCCAAUGACCUCCUAAGAAUCCCAAAUAAUAAUAAAUGAUUGGGUUUUUUUUAUUGACUGAAAUACUAAUCUCACCAUAUUUUAGAACAGUGUUCACUUUUCAGAUAUCUCAAGCUAAAUCUAAGAAAUUAUACUAGAUCGAUGCUACUUAGUUAAAUUUGAAAUACCAUGUCAGGUACUAUUCCUCCUUUUCACUGGGUGGGCCUGUGACCCUAAGAAGUAAUAUAAAAUGAACAGAGUAUGGAAAGGUCUUGUAACUCUCCUAGUGCCUCCUCCCUAUCUUGUUUUAGAGCUGUGAAAUGUUUUUCUUUUUUUGGAAAUAAAAAAGCUUUGUGAAGAGGCCGUUAGCCCAAGUUUCUAGGACAAUAACAAAUAAGAACCCAUAGUUACUUCAUUUUUAGAUGACAACUCAACUGCAGAAGCUUUCCUCUGCCAUUCUCAUUCUCUUUUACAAAUCUAGUUUUAUAACUACAACUUUUGAUGACUUUUAGUUUUGCAUUAUAUAUAAUAUUCACCAAUAUAAAUCAAGAAUGUGAAUUUCCAGGACCCACAAAACUGGCAAAUUUUUAAUUUUUUUAUGGGAAAGUAUAGGAAGAAGUUGUACAUUUCAUUACUUCACUAGCAAAAAUUGGGGGAAAUAUACUACAUUCUUAUUUUUUAUAUUUUUAAAUCAGUGCUAUAAAGAGAUUUCUGUGUAUACUUUAGCCUAUGGAAACUAGUAUGACUCUUCUGAAUUUUUUUUGGUUUCUUAUUGAAAUCCUUUGGGACAACAGGAGAAUCAAAGACAUUAAUUGAAAUAAGACUGAAGCCUGACAGAAAAGGCAUACUGGAAGGGAGGAACUCAGAAAGCUGGCCAACAGCUUAAAGAGUGGGGACUCCAAAGGGACAGAGUUGGAGGUACAUCCGUACUGAAUCCAUAGCUGGGAAAUGUUCAAGCCGUGGGUAGAAUUUUUGGUCAGGAUGUCAGGGAGCUAGGAAAACUGAUUUCAAAAGACAGUCUUUACUUCCUCCUAGGAAAUUCCCAGAAGUGCGUGUAAGUGAAGGGGAUACUUCUAGGCUUCCCGGGGAGAACUAGGAUUCAUUCUCCGUGAGAGGAGAUGUACAAUACUAUGUUAGAAGGCCUUUCCAUACCUAAAGUGGGGAGAUGACUGAAAAUGGGCAGAUACCUGGAAUGGUCCUUGAAAAUAAUUAAUGGCAGAGAUAAAUGUUUCUCUCCCUCUGGUUUAAAUAGGCACAUGUGUCCCCCGUUUUCAUUCCCUCUCCAUCAGCUCCUUCAGCCCAAGAGAUGUUCCACAGAGCACAUCAUCUAAACUCAGUUUUGUCACCUUACCUGUUUUUCUACUUUGCCUUUCAUCCUCAAUAAUGUGAUUUCUGUAAUUUAGACUUAGCAAAAAAAAAAAAAAAAACCACCGCCAGCAACAACAAAAAAACCCUCACCGGGACCACAGUGGAGCCCUCCCUUUCUGUGCCUUUGUUUUCUAUGCACUUAGGAAGGUGGCUGGAUAUAUUUCAUUUAUCAGUAAUCAUUACUUAUAAAAAUUUAUUUCUAAAACAAAAUACCAUAAAAAAUUUUAAGUCAUUUUAAGGAAUGCUUGAAUAUUUAAAUUUAGAAUUUUCUUACAAAAUUAGUGAAGUGUGGUAGAACAAAACAGGAUUUCAGAAUUAGGAGAUGGGUUCAAAUUGUGACUCCAACAUCUAGUAGCUCGGACAUCAAAUACAUUUUUGGACCCUCAUUUCUCAUUUGUAAAGUGGGGAUCGUAUUGUGAAGAGCAGAUGAAGAAACAUGUUAAAGCACCCAGCAAAAGGGUUGGCACUGAGUACGAACUCAAUAAAUGUUAAAUCUGAGUGGAGGAAAAAAUGUCAAGAACCUAAGUGUGUAUGGCUUAAAUCCUGAAAGCAAGGGCCAAAAGGCAUUCUUCAUAAAAAUGGGAAUAUUCUAAUUUACUGGAGGUUUUUGUUGGGGGGGGGGGCGGUGUGCAUAAAGGGAGGUCUUUGUUUUUCGUGUUUGUUUUUUAAUUUUUCUAUGUGCCUGGGAGGACAUUGCUUUGGCUUGUACCCUAGGUCAGGUUUCUAGUAGGAGGGGGUAAAGAAUACAGAAAUAAAGAAUCACACACAGCAA